UUGGAAUAGGAGCACAUCUGCACUCUCUGCUCUAAGACAGGAUCUCCUCUGCAGGAUGCCUGGAAACAUCCGAUCAGUCUCUGUGGUGUUGGUAGGUAUGUUGUGCUUGGUGCUCUGCAGUCAGCCGACCCGUCUGGAUGCAGCCCCCCUCUGCACGAAUGCCGAGGCUGGGUGUCACGUCCUCUCCCUGGCUAACCUGUUUGACCGGGUCAUCCAACACUCAGCCAGAAUGCACGGCAUCUCCAAUGACCUUCACUCUGAGUUUGAGCUUUACUUCCUGCCCAGUAAGAACCAGGUUGGCCGGGUCAGUCGCAACUGUCACACGUCUAACAUCCUCCACCAGAUGCAGAUGUUGGGAAUAUUAAGUAACUCCGUCAGCAGCCUCAUGUCUCCUGAGGCUUUCUUGGCACCAGGCAGUGCUGAGUGGCGCCUAAUGAAAGACUACGAGCUCCUCUACUGCUUUCGCCGAGACUCCAACAAGGUCCAAAACUACCUGAAGAUCCUGAAGUGUCGUAUUGUUCCAGAGGACGGAUGUUAAAAGCUAGAAACUCUUGACAAAGCUGAAGUUUUUGUUUUCUACUUAUAGAGAAUCAGAAACAUCUCAUCAUGACUGCAUCGGCCGCCCAGUCUGUCAGAAUGUUUCCAUCCUCAGAAAAUGUGACAACAGACAGGGUGCGAUGAACAG